AGCGCGAGCGCGAGGGAGCAGUCGCCCUGGUCCGAGGGACCCGACGUGACCGCGCAGACGAGUGCCGGUGCCCAGGCGGAGCUUGCGGGCAAGAUGUGGUGGAGAACCAUACAACUACAGUGUUAUUUUCUUUUAGUUACAUGUCUCCUGACUGGUUUAGAAGCUGUGCCUAUAGACAUAGACAAGACAAAAGUAAAAGAUAUUCCUAAUGUGGAAGGAGAAAAAAUAGAAACUCCAGAUACUGGACUAUAUUAUGAUGAGUAUCUCAGGCAAGUGAUUGAUGUGUUGGAAACAGACAAACAUUUCAGAGAAAAGCUCCAGAAUGCAGACAUAGAGGAAAUCAAGAGUGGGAAACUAAGCAAAGAACUUGAUUUAGUAAGUCACCAUGUCAGGACAAGACUUGAUGAGCUAAAGAGACAGGAAGUGGCAAGAUUAAGAAUGCUAAUUAAAGCUAAAUUGGAUUCCAUUCAAGACACAGGCAUAGAUUAUCAAGCUCUACUGAAACAGUUUGAGCACCUAAAUCAUCAAAAUCCUGACAAGUUUGAGCCAACAGACUUAGAUAUGUUAAUCAAAGCCGCUACAAGUGAUUUAGAAAACUAUGAUAAGACUCGCCAUGAAGAAUUUAAAAAAUAUGAAAUGAUGAAGGAGCAUGAAAGGCGAGAAUAUUUGAAAACAUUGAAUGAGGAAAAAAGGCAUGAAGAAGAAUCUAAAUUUGAGGAAAUGAAGAAGAAACAUGGAAAUCACCCAAAAGUUAACCACCCAGGAAGCAAAGACCAGUUAAAAGAGGUAUGGGAGGAGACAGAUGGACUGGAUCCUAGUGACUUUGACCCGAAGACAUUUUUUAAAUUGCAUGAUGUCAAUAGUGAUGGUUUCUUGGAUGAGCAGGAAUUAGAAGCCCUGUUUACCAAAGAGUUAGAGAAAGUAUAUGACCCUAAAAAUGAAGAGGACGACAUGGUGGAAAUGGAAGAAGAAAGGCUUAGGAUGAGGGAACAUGUUAUGAACGAGGUUGACAUUAACAAGGACCGGUUAGUAACUUUGGAUGAGUUUCUAAAAGCUACUGAGAAAAAAGAAUUCUUGGAGCCAGAUAGCUGGGAGACGUUGGAUCAGCAGCAGCUUUUCACAGAAGAAGAGCUGAAAGAAUUUGAAAAUCACAUCUACGAACAAGAACACAAGCUCAGGCAGAAGGCAGAAGACCUCCAGAAGCAAAAGGAAGAGCUCCAGCGUCAGCACGACCAGCUCCAGGCCCAGAAACACGAAUACCAGCAGGUGGUACAACAGAUGGAACAAAAGAAAUUACAACAAGGAGUACCUCCAGCAGGGCCAGGUGGAGAAUUAAAAUUCCAGCCACCUGGACAGCAGCAAGAGGAGAAGUCAGAAAAGCAUUCUCUAGGCAGUGACCACCUUCAGCCUUUGCCACCACAGCAUGUUUCUCCUCUUCAGGAGGGAGCAGCCAUGGCUGAACAUGUCCAGAUUCACCCUUAACCACCUGGUGCCUCAACUUUAUACAUUUUUGGUUCAUUUUUUUUUUGUUUAAAAAGGAAGACUAAAGUGGAUUAAGAAAUUAAAUUUAAAAUAUCCUAUUCCUUGCCUCUACUUGUUGCAUCAUCAAAAGGAUAAUUGUAAUUUUGUUUUUAGCAACAUUUUAAGGCAAUCUUUCUUCAUUAUCUCCUGAAAAAUGUGAAGGGAGAGAAGGUUACUAAAACUCUAGUUACCUUUUUUGACUCCCUUUUCUAAAAGCAAAUUUUGAUGGCUGAGGGAUAAGAUCCCAUUAAAACAAAACAAAACAAAACAAAAAAACCCAGGAGUUAGCUGUGAAUAAUAAUCUGUUCUCAGGAGAAUCCCGGAACUAACCUAGAACAUAUGUGUAUGGCUCCAACAAAAGAUGAUCGAGAACCUGGAUCCAAGGGUCAAGUUUUUCCAUUUCUAGCACUGCCACCCUGCUUGUUGUUUCUGAGACCAAAAAAGUACCCCUCAAAACAAAACUUUGGAACUUCAGCUUUUGAUUUUUUUUAAUUGCCUUGAAGAAUUAUGCAGAACAGUAACGAUCAUUCAUGUUUAUAUGUCCCUCACAUUCUUACUAUGUAAAGCCUUUAGCAUAAAUAUUUUUGGUAACAUUAGUUAUAAUGAAGGUAAAUGCAUUAUACCAGCUCUGUUGUGGGCUAAACAUUUACAAAGUUGUUUUUUCUGCGUAAUAGCCUUCCUUCCUAAGAGUCUUUAAAACUCUGCAUGUUAUUCAAAUGAUGAUCAUUUUUUUUUUUUUUUAGUGAGGCAAUCAGGGUUAAGUGACUUGCCCAAGGUCACACAGCUAGUAAGU